AUGUCGACUCGUCCCCAGAACGUCGGAAUCAAAGCCAUCGAGAUCUACUUCCCCAGGAGAUGCAUCUCGGAGGAUGAGCUGGAGGACUUUGACGGUGUAGCCAAGGGCAAGUACACCAUCGGUUUCGGCCAGAAGUACAUGGCUUGCACCGACGACCGUGAGGACAUUAACUCGUUCGCUCUUUCCGUCGUAUCCGGCCUUCUGGAAAAGAACAACAUCGAUCCUCGCAGCAUCGGUCGUCUCGAUGUCGGUACGGAGACGAUCAUUGAUAAGUCCAAGUCGGUCAAGACGGUCCUCAUGGAUCUCUUUGCCCCCUCUGGCAACAACAACAUCGAGGGUAUCGACAGCAAGAACGCCUGCUACGGUGGUACCGCGGCUCUCUUCAACGCCAUCAACUGGGUUGAGAGCAGCUCCUGGGACGGCCGUGACGCUAUCGUGGUCGCCGGCGACAUUGCCAUCUACGCCGAGGGUUCCGCCCGCCCCGUCGGUGGUGCCGGCGCCGUUGCCAUGCUUAUCGGGCCUGACGCUCCGCUCGUCUUUGAGCCCGCUCACGGCACCCACAUGAGUAACUUCUGGGACUUUUACAAGCCCAACCUCUCCUCGGAAUACCCAGAGGUCGACGGUCCCGAGACCAUCCAGGCCUACCUUGGCUGCCUGGACAAGACCUACGAUGCUUACCGCCAGCGUGCCGCCAAGCUCCGCAACAGCGCUGCUAACGGUGUUAAGGGCCACUCGGAGGCCUCUAACCUCGCUUCGAUCAAGGUCGAGGACUUUGACUACACCCUCUUCCACAGUCCUUACUCGAAGCUCGUCCAGAAGGGUUUCGGCCGAUUGUUGUACAAUGAUUUCAUUGCUGACCGCAAGAACGACAAGUACGCUUGCAUCCCUGCCAACUUUGCCGAGCUCGACCGCAAGUCGACCAUCACCAACAAGGAGGUCGAGAAGGCUUUCGCCGCUUACGGCAAGCAGUUGCAGCAGACCCGACUGGAGCCCGGUAUGGACACUGUUCGACGAUGCGGUAACAUGUAUACUGCUUCGCUCUACGGUGGUCUGGUUUCGUUGCUUUCCAACGUCUCUUCGGACGAGAUGCAGGGCAAGCGCAUCCUUUUCUACUCGUUCGGUUCCGGUGCCGCCGCUUCGAUGUUCGCUAUCCGCGUCAACGGCUCCACCGAGCAGCUCGUCAAGGCUGCCGACCUCAAGAAACGCCUCGCCAGCAUGAAGGUUGUUCCUUGCGAGACCUACGUCGAGGCUCUCAAGACCCGUGAGGCCACUCACAACGCCCUCAACCACAAGCCCGUUGGCCAGCUCGAGAACCUAUGGCCUGGCGCAUACUACCUCGAGAACGUCGACCACAUGUACCGCAGGACAUACGCUCGCAUCCCCACCAAUGCUAACUAA